AUGAGUCCCGGGGAAAAGUUAGUCCUCCGACUGCGCAGACUGGAAAUAUGUAACACCGGCUUCGGCGGCAGCGGAGUGAACGGGACCGGCCGGGCCGCAGAGCUCGGGGCGGCGGGUGGGACUCGGACGUCUGACAGAGGAGGCGCGGGCCGGUGGGUCUGGGGCGUUCCGGGCUGGUGUAAAGAGGGUCCGGGUGCGAGGCCCGGCCCUGGACCGGGAUGCUGGAGGACCAGGGCGGAAGGCAUCCGGCGGACUCAGCGCCGUCGGCCGUCUCCCGGACACCCGGGUUCUCCGGGUGGCUGCUCGUCGCGGCGGGGCCGCUGGGCGGGAGGCGGGGUUGGCGCCCCUCACCUGGGGCGGAGUGGUGGCUUGGGCUCCCGCCACCUCCAACUGUGUGCCCUCCUGACAUUGCCGCCGCCCCCGCCGCCCGCUGCCGGGAUGUGGCCGCUGCGGGGUUCAUAGUCCCAGCCGCCCGAGUUCGGGGGGGGGGGGGGGGGUGGACAGGGUUAUUUUCUUUCCCACUUGAAAGCGUCUGUUGGAUCCCGUGUCAUUCCCUGGCUCUUCCCCCUUCCUCCGCCCCGCGCACUUUGCUCCGUUCCUGCUGGCGAUGCUUGUGGUUUUGCUGUCUGGGGUAGACUGUUUUUUAGGCAGAUCUCUACCUGCAAGAAAUGCCCUGCUUCAAAGUUGACCGCGUGGGCCGUGACAGACACCCAUCCACACCCCCGCGCUUGUUAUGGGUGCUCCGUGUCUUGAUAACUGAGUCCAAGUUUCUGAGACUGGGCUAGUACUUUGCUCUGAUCGCCAACGGUGCAAGGCUGGGCAGUGCGUCAGCAUGUGGAAAGGGGCCACUGGCCAUCGCGGGAGGUGGCC